AUGGAGACCGCUGGAUCUAUAGGGAUGCAGGACUUGAACAGUCUGUCCUAUGAGAUGUCGCAGUUCGAUCGGUACUUUUCUCAAGCAACUUCUUAUGGCAAUGGCGAUGUACACUUGCCGCUUGCAGCGCUGCAAGAUCAGCCGCUAUCGAGUCUUGAUCAGCAAUCUCAGCCCCCUGCAAAACGGCCUCGGAACUCGCCUUUGAGCAAUUCCUUGGAUGAACCAAUCACCGUGGCCAAUGACUCUGAUGCACAUGGGGGUCUUGAGAUGAUAGAUAGUACUACUAAUGGUGUAGCGAACUGUGAUACUCAGAUCGCGGAUUUCUUGUCUCAUGGUCUCAAUGGACAUACAAGUCAGAAUAUCUCUAGCGGCUCGGGAACGUCAGCUUCAUUUGUUUCUGCCUCUAGUCAGAGCAAUUCAACCCCGGCGUCUACUGUCAACGAUGCGCCUUCCUCGUCUUUUAUUAGCACAGACAUCAAGGCGGCAGUCGACACUACAGACUACGGGAGAUAUCGACCAAGAUCAUCCAUUCCUUCGAGGCUCUCAGCCGCCGUCUAUGCCCAUCAGUGCGUUACAGCAGCGUAUGCAUGCAGGCUUAAUCCAUAUGCUCUCCACAAGAAGGAGCAGGAAGCCCUACAAGAUCACAUGUGCCAUCUUCACGUCACUGUCUAUCUGAAUAUUCGGAACGGCAUACUCCGGCUUUGGACUCGGAACCCAAUGGUCAGUGUAACCAAGGAGGAAGCUCUUGGGUGCGCAAAGGACUAUCGUUGGAUGGGCUUGGCAUCGUUUGCAUUUGAAUGGCUUGUGCGAAAUGGGUAUAUUAAUUUCGGCUGCGUUGAGGUUCCGCCGGCUGUAGUAUUUCCCAAAAAAGGGCGACGGAAGGAUGGUCCUGUCAUCGUUGUGAUCGGAGCCGGGAUGGCAGGUCUUGGUUGCGCCAGACAGUUGGAGGGUCUCUUCAGCCAGUACCACGAUCCUUUGAUAUCGCCGCGGGUUGUUGUACUGGAAGGAAGACGAAGAAUCGGUGGUCGUAUCUAUUCACAUCCCUUACAAAGUCUUCGAUCGUCUAAAUUUGCACCGGGAUUUGUUCCCAAGGCUGAGAUGGGUGCUCAGAUUAUUGUCGGUUUCGAUCGUGGGAAUCCCUUAGACCAGAUUAUUCGCGGGCAAUUAGCGCUGCCGUAUCAUCUACUACGAGAUAUCUCGACCAUCUAUGAUAUCGACGGCUCUCCUGUCGAUGAAGUCCGGGAUGCCAUGGACGAGCGGCUGUAUAACGAUAUUCUAGACCGCUCAGGACUUUACCGGCACAAAUCUGUCAUGGCAGCCACUGCCGAAGGUGAUAGGGGACUUAUUGACUCUGGUCGUGACCUGACAAUGAGCGACGGUCUCACAGUGAGACAGUACGAGGAGGCACGUGCAGCAGGUACUGUUGGGCUCUUGUUUCCCACCAAAAAGGUUCGGCGAGGUGUAAGCCAUAAGACUGCAGACAUCAAAACGACUGUGCCUGCUGUGGCGGAUAUUGGUCCGACAGAUGAACAACCGGCAGCGUUGGCCUGCCGGGCCAUGGGAUGGAAGUUGAGGGAUGGUGUCUCUCUGAACGAGUCGCUAGAUCUGGGUCCUAUCGCGAGAGCUUCAGAUUUGCAAACGCUGGGUGCCGUAAUGGACGAGGGAGUCAAACAGUAUCAGCAUAUGCUUCCUCUGACGCCUAAGGAUCUGCGGUUGAUCAAUUGGCACUUUGCUAACCUGGAGUACGCGAACGCGGCUAAUAUUGGCAAGCUCAGCCUUUCCGGUUGGGACCAAGAUAUGGGCAAUGAAUUCGAAGGCGAGCACUCUCAAGUAAUUGGCGGAUAUCAACAAGUUCCUUAUGGGCUGUGGUCGCUACCGACAAAACUCGAUGUGCGAACGAACAAAACCGUGACCAAGAUCUCCUACGAUCCCACGGGGUCUGGAAAACGGAAGACAGUGGUUCACUGCGAGGACGGUGAAUCAUUUGUUGCGGACAAAGUGGUCUUUACGGGAUCUCUUGGUAUUCUCAAGUAUCAGUCAAUUCAGUUCUCACCUGCCUUGCCUGACUGGAAGUCGGGGGCCAUUGAGAGGCUUGGUUUCGGAGUCAUGAACAAAGUGAUACUAGUGUUUGAGGAACCCUUCUGGGAUACAGAAAGAGAUAUGUUUGGGCUUCUACGUGAACCCAGGAAUCGGGAAAGUCUAGUCCAGGAGGAUUAUGCAGCCAACCGGGGCCGGUUCUAUCUUUUCUGGAACUGCAUGAAAACAACCGGCCUUCCAGUCCUGAUCGCACUGAUGGCCGGUGACGCAGCUCAUCAGGCGGAAUGUACACCCGAUGCCGUGAUUGUCGCCGAAGUGACCAGCCAACUGCGCAAUGUCUUCAAACACGUGGCUGUGCCCGAUCCGCUGGAGACCAUCAUCACGCGAUGGGGUUCGGAUCGAUUCACCCGGGGGACCUACUCUUACGUGGCUGCGCAGGCGCUGCCGGGUGACUACGAUCUGAUGGCGAAGCCCAUUGGCAAUCUACACUUUGCAGGCGAGGCCACCUGCGGCACGCAUCCGGCCACUGUUCACGGCGCCUACCUGUCGGGCCUCCGAGCUGCAUCAGAAAUCAUCGAUAGUGUCCUCGGUCCUCUCGAGCUGCCGAAUCCGUUGGUGCCUGAAAAGGGCAAGACCGCCGAGCUAGGCACACCCGUGGCUGCAGGCCAGAAAAGAAAAGGGCCAUCUCUAUCCACAGCACCUCUCGCCUUCGCGUCUGCCCCCACCGGCUCGUCCGCCUCCGCACCCGCUUCCGGCGACGCGCCCCUCCGCGAAGCCUACGAACAAGCCAUGUGGGCCGCGAUCCACGCCGAACUGGGGGCCCCCGAGCCACGACCGGCGCGGACAGGCCUGAACCCCUUCCUCCUCUACCAGAAGGACUACUGGGGCAAAGCGCGGCAGCAGUGCGACGAGGCGCGGCAGGCCGCGACAAGGAACCCGAGCGCCAAGGCCGCGCGCGACGAGAUCCGGCAGGCGCUGGGCCUGAUGUGGCGGCAGGCAAGCGAGGAGGAGAAACGGCCGUACAUCGAGCAGACGGAGGCCAACCGGCAGACGAACACGGCGAUCUGGGACCGGUGGAAGCAGAGCAUGAAGGAGUGGGAGCGGAGAUCGUACGAGGUCAAGGACCGGUGGUGUGCGGCGCACCCGUUCGAGACUUGGCAGCCGCCCGCGAAGAGAUGA